AUGAGCCCUGAAUGGCUACGCGAUAGCUUUUUCGGCCAGUGCAUUCGUCAUAUUUGCAAACCUGUGUGGUCCGAAUAUCCUGAAGAAGCCGCGGCAUGGAUGGAAGCAGCCAAUUUUCAUAAUUUGCCAUCUCAGAAUGAGAAGACAAUUCGAGUGGAAUGGUACUCUGACACCGGUGAAGAAAAUCCGCAGAACUGGUCACAGGCUAAGAAGGCCUUUGUGACUGGGGUGAUCGGUGCCUACAGCUAUGUUGUUUAUAUGUCUGCCCCGAUUUACACUCCCGGUGAAAAUUCGUUUAUUGACGAAUUUAAUGUGAGCAAUGCGGAAGGUGCACUCGGGCUUGCAAUUUAUGUUCUUGGAUAUGGCGCUGGGCCGCUAUUCUUCAGUCCGCUGAGCGAGAUCCCCCGUAUCGGGCGAAACAUCCCAUACGUUAUAUCUUUUACAUUAUUUUGCAUAAUCAGCGUACCUACUGCGAUUGCACCCACGGCAAUUGGCUUCUACUUCCUGCGCUUUCUACAGGGCUUUUUCGGUAGUCCAUGUCUCGCAACUGGUGGUGCCUCGAUUGCGGACAUGUAUUCUUCCGACGUUUUACCCCAUGCUAUGUCGACGUGGGGAUUUUGUGUAUUUUGCGCCCCCGCCAUCGGGACAUUGGUUUCCGGAUUUGCAAUCCCAGUUUUGGGUUGGCGAUUUGCAAUGUGGGAGAUCUUAAUGGCUGCAGCCCCGGUUUUAGUUCUUCUAUUUUUGAUGCCUGAAACUAGUGCAGCAACAAUUCUGCACCGACGUGCUCGACGCCUUGAAAAGAACGUUAAGGCCAGCCCAAACCCCCGAAUUUACCAGACCGCGGCGGAUGUUAUCCAAGGAGAGAUAUCUUUUCCCGAGGUUAUUCGCGAGUCGCUGCUGAUUCCCUCGAAAAUCACCUUUCUGGACCCGGCAAUGAUGUUCUUGAACUGCUAUACAUCCUUGGUUUAUGGCAUCUAUUAUUCGUUCUUCGAGGCUUUCCCCAUCGUCUACCAAGGAAUAUACGGUUUCAACCUCGGAGAGAUGGGCUUGGCAUUUCUCGCCAUCGUCGUGGGAACUAUUAUAUCAUUCGUGAUAUACAACUACUACAUCCACCGUGUUUUCGUGCCAAAGGCAAGAAACGGGAGCUUUCAAAAGCCGGAAGAUGUCCUGGUCCCGGCACUCUUCGCCUGUUUCGGACCUUCUAUUGGUUUAUUCCUUUUCGGCUGGGCUGCACGGCCGGAAAUUCACUGGAUUGUCCCAACGAUUGGAAUCGUCAUUUAUCCCGCCUGUGUCUUUGUCUUGAUGCAAUGCAUUUUUCUUUACAUUCCGGCUUGCUACCCGCAGUAUGCUGCGAGUGUUUUUGCCGCUACGGACUUUACCCGAAGCGCCUUCGCCUGCGGUGCGGUUAUCUUCUCGCGCCCUCUUUACGUUAACCUUGGAAUUGGUCCGGGAUGCAGCUUACUCGCCGGUCUUACCAUUGGGUGUGUGGUUGGAAUAUAUGUGCUGUACCAAUACGGCGAAGCGUUGCGGUUUAAAUCGAAGUUUGUUUCCAAAUGGUGA